AUGGAUUUCUUUGGCCAGGGCAAGUCCUGGCCCUCUAAAGACCCCGCUCCCUUCCCUGCUGCCGCUGCUCCUGCUGCUCCUGCUGCUGCUGCCCUUCGGUCCGAGCGAGCAGCACAAGCAGCAGAGGAAGAGGAGGCGUUGCUGCAAAGGGCAGAAGAGGGGAAGGGGGGAGAAUCUGGGUCACCACAGUCAAGAGAGUCAAUUGAGUCAACAACGGGGGCAGUGGCGGACUGGGGGUUUGGGCCCAGGGCGGAGCCGUGGGCGCGGGACUUGGUGUAUGGGUCAGACAUGUGGUGCGAGCAGGUUGCGGCUUUCAUCUCCCAGGUCAUCAAAGAGCCCGUCUUCAUAGCAGGCAACUCCCUGGGCGGCUACAUAGGCGCGUACCUAGCAGCCACCCACCCGCACCUGUGCCGCGGGCUCAUUCUGCUCAACGCCACGCCCUUCUGGGCCUUCGCCCCCAACCCCCAUGCCCCUGCGCCAUCGCUGCUUGCGCGCCUCUACCCGUUCUCCUGGCGCGGGUCGCUUCCUGUUCCGGCACUCCCACGCCUGGUAGCCCGGCGAUGGUGGGACAGUCUGCGGCAUCCCACCACGCUGCGCUCGCUGCUCGCUCUCGUCUACACCGACGCAGCACCGCUCACCCCCGCGCUCAUAGACAGCAUCGCACAGCCCACACGGCACCCCGCCUCUGCUGCUGCCUUCGCCUCCAUCCUCUUCGCCCCCAAGGCGCGCCUCUCCUUUGACGAGAAUCUCAGCACCCUGGCCUCUCUCGCCCUGCCAGUUUGCAUCAUUCAUGGCCGGGACGACCCUUGGGUGGGGCCCAUGUGGGCAGCUAGAGCAGCCAGGGCUCUCCCACAUGCCGCCUUCUUUGAACUCUCCCCUGCCGGCCACUGCCCGCACCACGAGAGGCCGCAGGUGGUCAACCACCUCAUCUCCUCAUGGGUCUCACACGUUCACUCCAACUUCACCACCCCCCUCCCCCUCUCGCCCGAGCCACACUCCACACACUCCCUCUCACACUCCCCAUCUGCUCCUCCACUUGCCUCCUCCUCCUCCUCCUCCUCCUCCUCCUCCUCCUCCUCCUCCUCAUCCUCCUUGCAACCCUCCGCCGAUCUUCCCUGGUCGUUCCCUUUCCUAUGGGGGGAAGGGGAGUGGGAGGACGGUGUGUGGAUAGACGGGAUGGGGCUAUUACCAGGGAAGCAAGGCGAUGUGACUGAACCAGCCGUGACUGAAAAGAGUGCAGGAGGAAUGCAGAGUGUGGGGGCAGGAGCUGAACCUUCUACUGUGAUUCAACCGGGUCCUUGGUGCCAGUCGGAGCAAAGCAGAGCACAGCGCAGUACGAGGCGGUUCGGAACCAUGGCGCGGAAUGCUCUCGCGACGGUCUUCGUAGGAAAUCUCGAUCAGCAGGUGGACGAUCGGAUCUUAUACGAUUUGAUGCAGCAGGCGGGCCCUCUGGUGGAUCUGCACGUGCCGCGGGAUAAGGCGACAGGGCAGCACCGAGGGUACGGAUUCGCGGAGUAUGAGACAGAGGAGAGCGCACAGUACGCUGUGAAGCUCUUCUCAGGGCUCGUCAGACUGUUUAAUCGCCAGCUGAGGUUCCAGAUUUCCAACUCGGGGGCGAAACCAGCAGCAGCAACAGAAGACCCUGCUGCCACAAGCAAUGGCACCACCACUGGUGCCGCCGCGCUAUCUACUGCUCUUUCCUCAUUCGACCAACAGCAGCAGGACCUUUUGAGAUGGCAGCUGCAGCAGCAGCAAGCAAGUUUACUUCUCCAGCAAAGUCGUGGGGCUUUCCCUAUGAAUGUUUCUUGGCCUCAGAACCAAUUGCAAGCUCAUGCUCAGGCAGCUUCUAUGCUCUACUAUCUCCAAGCUGCUGGUCGACGUUUAGACCGUUCAAGCAACAUGUUAGGGGAGAUCCUUACGGUUCAGCCUCUGGAGCUGAAGUUCACAUUUGAGCUGAAGAAGCAGGUUUCGACAUCCUUGCGGCUAGUCAAUGUCACGUCUGAAUAUGUCGCCUUCAAGGUUAAAACGACGUCACCGAAGAAAUACUGUGUGAGGCCCAACACGGGCCUAAUUCCACCUCAGAGUAGCGCGGAAGUUGUCGUGACCAUGCAAGCGCAGAAGGAGAUGCCUGCGGACAUGCAGUGCAAGGACAAGUUUCUCGUGCAGAGCGUGCUCGUGCCAGGCGGAGCUCCAAAGGAGGCCAGCGCCGACUUUUUCAACAAGGAGAAUGGGCGCGAGGUGCACGAGGUGAAGCUGCGCGUGGUGUACGUCGCCCCGCCGCAGCCGCCGUCGCCAGUGGCGGAAACCGCGGAGGAAGGCGCAACGCCCAGCUCGUUCCCGCCCACGGCCAAGGGGCUCGCUCCCACUGAUGCGGGUUCCAAGGAUGUUUCGGAGCUCAAGGCUAAACUCACUGAGGCAAAAACAGCGCUGACAAAGAUGACAGACGAUAGAAAUGCAGCAGUGAGAGAGCUGCAACGACUUAAGGAGCAAGCGAGCAAGGCAGGGAUUAAUCGCUUCAUGGCGUCUCUAGUAGCCGUUCUGCAGGAGAGUCGACCGCGGCGGUCCGCGCCAUGGCGGGUGGAAGCGAAUCCCAUGCAAGGCAUCUGGAGCAAGAUGCGAUCCAAGGCGGGUGCAUCGUGUUCCAACUGCGGCAGCUCCUCUUGCAGCGUGUCCGGCCCCGCGCUUCUCCCCGCGCUCGUCAGUCUCUUCGGCCGCAACUACCUCUCCGCGCUCGCUUCCGCCUCUGACUUCCCCUCCGCGCUCAAGAAGUUCCCCCCUCGCCCCGCCGACCUCCCCGCUUCCGCGGGCUCCGCUCGCCAAGCCUGCUCCACCGCGGCUGGCGCCGCAACCGCUGCUCCGCCAAGCCAAGACGAGGUUGCGCGGCUCCUAGCGCAAGUGGCGGCGGGAAACGCGGACUCAGCGGCGGUGGUGAUGCAGUUGAGCGCGCAAGGAACGGCGGAAGCGGAGCUGCUUAUAUCGAACGGCGCCACGGCGUCUCUCACGCGUGCAUUGGAGGGCCGCAGCGCCGCUGUUGAGAAGUGUAGGUUAACAGCUCUGGUGGUGGCAACGGCUCUUAAUCUCUGCCUCCUAAGCGAGCGCGCGGCGCCGCGCUUCAGCGAGGAGGGUCUGGUGAUGCUGCUAGUUAAUAUUCUUCGACAAGUGGAGCCCUCCGCAUCCACGUCAUUCCCGCUGCUUGCUGACGUGGCAGCGCUCCUCUACUGCUUGUUGCACAGCGAGGCGAGGGUACACGUGGCAGCAACCGCGGGCACGGAUGUGCUGCUGUGGCAGCUGCUGGUUGCUUCGUCCUCGUCAGCACCACCGUCGAAUGAGGACGAACCGCCGCGUGCCAGUGCGCGUGCGGCGGCGGCGCUUCCACUGCUGCGCCUGUCGCAGGUGCCGGAAGUGGCGGCGCAACUAAUAGAGCGAAACGCCGUUGCCCAAAUCUCCUCCAUGCUGCUUUCUGGGCAGGCUAACGGGCAGGUCGAGCUUUCUGCACUGCUGGCAAGUUUGACCAGGACAGAGGAGGGAGUAAUGGCUUUCUGCACUGUAGACGAUGCCAAUGGUGCGCGCGCGCUGCUACAGCUGCUACAGCCGGAGAAGGAGCAGGGGAAGGCGCUGACUCUGCAGCAGCAGUUUGGCUUGGUGAUUCUAAAUAACGUGCUUGCAAGGGGAAGCAUGUUCGGGCAGCACUUAGUGCAGGCGGGUGUUCGCGAGGGAGUGGAGCAGCUAUUGAAGGCUAUGGCGGGUGAUGUGAAUGGGAAGAACAAGGGGGUUGACGCCACUGGCGACCAUUGCCAAGCAGAACAGGACGUAAUUAAGGUGCAGGCGAUGCUGUCUUCGUUGCGCAACUGUUCGUAA